CUCUCCCUUAUUUCUUCUCCCUUCCCUCCUCCCCUUCUCCUCUCCCUCCUCUCUUUCAACCCUCCUUGCUUCUGGGCCGGUAAUCUUGAAAUGAUUCCACCGCCCACGCUAGCUUUUCAUUCCUACUAUUACCGGUCCAUGCCUUGCCAGUCAUAAGCAAGUAUCAAGAUGCGGGGAGUACAGAUUUUUUCUGGCACAUCCCACCCUUCCCUGGCGGAGACCAUCUGUGAGCGAUUGGGCACCCAGCCAGCUCGAGCCAACCUCGGGAAAUUCAGCAAUGGCGAGACCAGAGUAGACAUUGGCGUCUCUGUUCGGAACCAAGAUGUCUACAUCCUCCAGAGUGGCAGCGGAAAGAUCAACGACAGUGUGAUGGAGCUGUUGAUUAUGAUCUCUGCCUGCAAGGGUGGCUCCGCAAAAUCUAUCACAGCGGUCAUGCCGUACUUCCCGUACUCUCGCCAAUCCAAGAAGAAGAGCCAUCGUGGCGCCAUCACUGCCCGCAUGUUGGCCAACCUCCUCUCGGUCGCUGGAGUGGACCAUGUGAUCACCCUGGAUCUACAUGCAUCGCAAAUGCAGGGCUUCUUUGGCAAGCCGGUGGACAACCUAUUUGCCGAACCUUUCAUUGCCCGAUGGAUUCGCAUGAACGUCCCCAGCUGGAAGGAGGCCGUUGUUGUGAGCAAGAAUGCCGGUGGCACCAAGCGUGUCACGUCCCUCGCCGAUACCUUGAAGCUCAACUUUGGUAUUGUCACGACAGACAGACGGCGCCCUAAGGUCCCUAUGUCGAUGACGGAUAGCACCGUCUUCUUCGACUCGAUUGAGGAAGAGAGCACCGCCUCGUCCAAGGACCAAGAUCCCUUCGCUUUGCACAUCCAAAGCGCAAACAGUGAUAACGGCCAGGGCGAAGACUUGAGAGAAGAGACCAACACCAACAUGGAAUCUCUCGUGGCGGCCAACCUCCUGCGUCCAGAGACCCCGACAGGCGCUCGCCGUCCGUCGGAGUUGGAAGCUGCACAUGAGUACACCGAUGUUCGCGUUCAGGACGUGAUCACCGGCCGUCUCGUCCAGGGUCACCUGGUCGAUGAUGACUAUCCCUCCACUGGUCCCACUUCUGUACCUGCUUCAGGCGAAACAACCCCAGGUCAGAAUGCCAGCGGCGAGCCCUCGGAAGCGGUCCCCGAGUCGAUGGUCAACUCCCUGAUCUCGACCACCCCUUCCCUUCCCGGCGAUCACGCUCUGGGCGGCUCGUUUGAUGCUGCUGAGUCCUCCGACGAGGAGGGUAGCGUUGGACGUCACGCUGAACAAGAGAAAACUAUUACUCUUGUCGGCGACGUACGUAACCGGACCGUCUUUAUCGUCGAUGACAUGAUCGACAAGAGCGGAUCAUGGAUUGCUGCCGCGGAGACGGUCGUCAAGAAGGGCGGUGCGAAGAAGGUCUACUGCAUUGCCACCCACGGUCUCUUUGGGGAUGAAUCUCUGGAGCAGAUGGAAGCAUGCAAGGCCAUCGACUAUAUCGUCGUCACAAACACCUUCCCUAUUGCCCCGCAAGUCGCCAAGAAGUCGCAGAAGUUGAUUGUCAUCGACAUCUCAAGUCUUUUAGCGGAGAGCAUCAGGCGCCAUCAUUAUGGCGAGAGUGUUUCGGCUUUGUUUCAUCUAAAUGACUAGAUGCCCUGAGUAUUGCAUCUCAAUUCAAGCGGACAUUUCUUUUACAACCUUUCCCCUUUUCCCCCCAAUCAUCCAUAUCACGAGCGUAAGCGAGCUGGGUAUCGGAUAAGAUGAUGACUAAAGACAGUGAUGACGAGUGUUUUGAUGAUCUUCUCCAUAUUCUCUGCAGCGGGUGACUCUUUUCUAAACUUGCUGUGUUGAUGAUGAUGCAUGCAUGCACAUAAGACCAGUCUAUGUGGUGAUACACGGCAGGAUACCUCUUCUGUUAUCAGCACCUAAAUACUGAAUGAUACCAUUAACCAUAUGAGCAUCGAUGUCUUGCUCGGGCGGGCUCACGGCUAUAGG